AUGGCGUCUGCUCUCACCGUCCUCUUCCUCGGCUGCUGGUUUGCUGGGCGGAGCGGGGUGUCGGAAGAGUGGUUCUACCCCAAACCCUCCAUCUCCGUCAGCCCCAGUGGGGUGAUCCCCAUGGGGGGAAACGUCACCAUCCGGUGUCGGCAUCAGCGCCUGGGCAUGAGGAUCCUCCUCUACAAGGCUGGAGACUGGAACUAUCUGAAUUACACAGACCCUGCUGGCUCUGAGGCUGAAUUUCCCAUCACCAGCGCCAGACGGGAACACGGUGGCAUCUACACCUGUCGUUAUAGCAACAGAACAGUACGAGCUGCCUACUCAGAGCCCAGUGACCCUGUGCAGAUCAUUGUAGCAGAGGGGUCCCUCCCCAAACCCUCCAUCUCCGUCAGCCCCGGUGGGGUGAUCCCCGUGGGGGGAAACGUCACCAUCCGGUGUCGGCAUCAGCGCCUGGGCCUGAGGUUCCUCCUCUACAAGGCUGGAGUUGGGAACUAUCCGAAUUACACAGACCCUGCUGGCUCUGAGGCUGAAUUUCCCAUCACCAGCGCCAGACGGGAACACGGUGGCAGCUACACCUGUCGUUAUCACAACAGAACAGGAUCAGUUGCCUACUCGGAGGCCAGCGACCCUGUGCAGAUCAUUGUAGCAGAUCCCAGCUUACCCAGACCCUCCAUCUCUCUGAGCCCCACUGGGGUCACCGCCCCAGGGGCAGACGCCACCAUCUGGUGUCAGGAUCCCAGCUUACCCAGACCCUCCAUCUCUCUGAGCCUCACUUUGGUCACUGCCUCAGGGGCAGACGUCACCAUCCGGUGUCAGGGGCAGCGCCGGGACGUGACGUUCUUCCUGCACAAGGCCGGAGACCUGAACCCACAGCGACACAUGGACCCUGCUGGGGACGGGGCCGAGUUCCUCAUCCCCACCGUGGGCCGGCAGCACGGAGGGAGCUACAGCUGCAGCUACCGGAACCGAUCAGAGCCCUUCAUCUCAUCACUGCCCAGUGACCCCGUGCAGCUGGUGGUAGCAGGGAUAUCGGAACCAAGUGCAGCACCGGUUCUGACCUGCACCAUCAUCGCCGGGGUGAGCACGGCGGCCACCGUCCUCCUCUUCCUGCUCCUCCUCCUGAUCUUCCUCUGCUACAGAAGAAUCCGAGGAAGGAAAGGACCAGCCCUGAGACAGAGCAGGGAGUCCGAGGCUGCAGCCACAGUCUACGCCCUCAUGGGUGAAGGGAAGCAGCUGGAUGUCCUG